AUGUUCCGGAAGACUUUGUUCUAUGACGAGCUAUCUGCUAACAUGAUUCCCCUCGCCCUGUUACUUUCGAUGUUUGCGGUUUCAUCUCGAUUUGCUGGCAUCAGCUGUUACACUGAUUCAGGCUCUUCAGACCAGCCGCAGCAAUAUUUCGAUGCUGCGUAUAAAGAAUUCCGCCAGGAAAUGGAUCGGAAUCGACCGGUGGAAUUGAACGACGUGAAAACCGCAUGUCUCCUUGCAUUAUACGACUAUACGUCAGCGCCCAGCCGUCGGGCAUGGCUACUCGUUAGAGAUGCCAUGAGUCUCGCGUUGGCUGCGCGGCUACAUGAGGUCGACAGCGUAGACUCUUUGGCCGAAUUCUCCGACCCCGAAAAGGAAGAGCGGCGGUUCGUGUGGUGGACAAUUUGGAAGUUAGACUCCACAGUCAACGUCUCAACAGUGACCCCUUUCGGGAUCGACUGUCGGAUGAUAGGGACUGCCUUGGUGUCGACGACUGUUCAAGACUUCACAGCCGAUACCGUGGGACCAAUAGUACCGGUGAUACCAGAAAUGGACCCAGUCAAGUCCUGGAGUUCAAUCUUGGCCCCCAAUCUACAGGAUACGGGAGAUGGAUUCAACACUCAUUUGUUUGCCGUAUCUUUGCUACGAGCAGUCUCCGAAUGUCAACAGCGCCUCAAUGCAAAACUGUGCCCAGAAGAGAUUGCCCGAGCAGAUACCCUCAAUCGCAUACUAUCCUCCCUCCACCUAAUUCUACCAGACAGUUUCUUCAGUCCAACUAAACGUCUCAUGGAACAAGAACAUGCACACAGGUUACGACUGGAAACUAAUAUCAUGUUAAACACGUUCGUUUAUUUCUCUAUUUCUCUAUCUUUACUUGGUCGAUUUGCUUACCCACCAUACCAUUAG